AUGGAUGUUGGAGUAAGAACGCAGACGCAGGUAUCUACGGUUACACUGCAUAUUCAGCUAGCAAGUUUGGGCUUCAGGAUACACCCGGGUUUGAACAAGAAGUCAGAACAGAAGAAGAGGCCAGAGCUCACUUCCAUCAUAGCCGCAUCAUCUGGUUCAAUGAAAACCAAACAAGUAGCCAAGAUAUGUCUUCGACGGUAUCAAAGCAGGAAGAUUCACAGUGACGUGCCAUUUCAUUAUUGGGUUCUUGCUAUCUAUUGCGAGCAGCGGCAUGUCUCCUCAGAGAUCGUUUUGGAUUGCUUUCGUUGA